CGUCCAAGCUAUCCCAUCGAACCUUAUAGGCAUAUUCUAGAAAUAUUGACAGCACAUAUAUCUUAGUCAGUGGACUCGAUUAUUUACAGCAAGUGAUCCAAGAAAUCAAUUUUGCAAUGAUCUUACUCGAGCGUGGGAAUGAUGCCCUGAAUGUCAACCCUGUCACGGGGGUGGACGAGGCUCUAUCUGUACAUGGAUCUGACUGGCUCUGGGCUGUUACAGCCAUUUAUGUCCUCUCUUUUAUCGGCCUUCUAGUGCUUUCCUUCGCGGCAAAAGAGAGUGAAAGAGUUUUCCACUACCUGUUCACCUUCGCCCUAAUUGUUGGCGCCAUGACAUACUACGCACAAGCUGCAGAUCUGGGUUGGAGUGCAGUUAAACAGGUUGAUCAUCUCGGCAAUGGUGUUGUUCGCCAGAUGUUCUAUGCCAAGUACGUCAACUGGGCCGUCGCCUUCCCCUCACUUGCCUUGGGACUCGGCUUAGUAUCGGGCGUUUCGUGGACCACAAUCAUCUGCAACAUCGCUCUCGCAUGCUUCUGGGUGGUCAGCUAUCUUGUGGCCGCAUACACUACUUCGGACUACAAAUGGGGCUUCUUCGCCUUUGGCACAUUCGCGUGGCUCAUCCUGGCGAUGAGUACCAUAAACGAGAGCCGCGAGUCUGCAGCCUUGCUUGGUGUUGACCGAGACUAUAUUAUUCUUGCUGGAUGGUUGAAUCUUUUGUGGAUUCUCUACCCGAUUGCCUUUGGCCUGACCGAUGGUGGCAAUUACAUUGGCGUAACCGGCAGUUUUAUCUUUUUCGGUGUGCUUGACUUACUCAUGGUGCCUGGUCUUAGUUUCGCCAUCUUGUUCUUCGGCCGCAACUGGGAUUAUCGCGCGUUGAAUAUCGCUUUCAGUGAUGCUAGGCCGAGCCGAGACAGUGAGGAAGGGGUGAAGGAACCCUUCUCUUCCACUAAUGUUGAUUCGGCUUCCUAGAUGAUCUCUUCGUGUUCUGAAACCUCGAACUAUCCAUAAAUCUGGACAUUAGAGCCCUUCUCUUCAGUUCCACUUGUUGCGUCUUUUUUUAUAUCGAUCACAAAACAUUGGCCAGUUUAGCCAAGGAUAAUUAGAGGCAUUUCUCUGCUUUCAUUUGUCAUAGAUAGAAAUUGGAAUGUCAUAUCUCCCUUCUA